ACAAUUAAAUCUAAAAGAAAUUACGAAUUAUGAGUCUAAAGAAUUAAGUUUAAGCAUAAAAGGAUGAAAGUUGGAAACUGAUUCUGUGGAUUUCUAGGUAGAUAAGGAAAGAAUUUGGUGAAAUAAAAACGUUAAAAUAAUUUCUAAAGGGUGAAAAAUAAGUGCCACAAAAAAGAAAGCAACAGAAAAAUCGUAAGGGUCUCGUUGAAUAUUCGUCUAACGUAGGCGAGUCAACCGCCAUCGCGUCAAAAACAGUGAAAAAAAUGGGAGAAUCGAAUGCCAACACACCGGUUUGUGUUAUGAUCAUCUGUUUCCAUGGUAACUUUACUUCUUCACCCGUCCAGAGGCUGUCACCCCUAUUUUGUAGUCAAGGCUGAGUUUAUGCACCAAGCAACGAAACAUAUUCAUUGUUUGUAUCUGUGACUAAUGCACACCGAUCUGGCUCGAGACGACUCCAACUAUUUUCCGAAAUUAUUGUCAUAAAAAACGCAACAUGGGUUGCAGUCCUACGAAAGAAAGCAAUCCUCACAAACCGAAACCUAUUAUAGGCAAAAAUUACCUAUUGCAGAAGAUAACGGAACAUCAAGGGGGCAUCAAUUGUAUGGCACUAAGCGAAGAUGGAUCGCUUCUUGUGACAGGAAGUGACGACAAAACUGCUCGCAUGUGGAGCACACAAUCGAAUCCCAUCGAAUGCAUAGGCGUGAUGGAAGGUCACACGGGAUACAUCACUUGCUGCGUUAUACACGAACAAUUCGUAGUAACGGGGUCUGCCGAUCACACGAUAAGGAAGUGGAUGAUAACUACUGGCGAUUGCGUUUACGUCUACGAGGGUCACACGUCCAGAAUAAGUCGAGUUGUAUGCGCCGGAGAUUAUAUAUUCUCUACGUCUAGCGAUACUACCGCAAGGAUAUGGAUUUUUGAUGUUAACGAUGUUGGAGACAUUCAGGGGGAGGCGUGUAUAAGGACGUUAGAGAAACACACCAAAGCUACUUAUCCUAUUAUAUUCCUGUCCGGAGAUAAAGAAUCGGAAGAGGAAGAAGACAACUACGAGUACAAAAGUUCUGACGAAGACAUUAUAAUUACGGGUAGCGCUGAUGGAACCGCGAGAUCCUGGUCUUUUGAUACAGGCAGAUGUAUAAAUACCUUCUACCAUAAUGCUCCAGUCAAUACCAUGGAAGCGGAUCCUACCGGGGACAUGCUUUUCACUGCCGGAGGCGAUUCGAUUAUCAGAUGUUGGAACAUUAUAACAGGGGAGUGCAUUAGACAAAUGAGAGGUCACGGAGGCCCUAUAUACACAUUAAUGAUCCACAAGAGGAUGUUGUAUUCCGGCAGCUCCGAUAAAACGGCUCGAGCGUGGGCUAUGGAGUUUGGAGAAUGUACUAGAGUAUUUUCGGGGCAUAAUCACACAGUUUCUUGCCUACGGUAUUUCGACGGAAUUUUGUACACGGCUUCUGGAGAUACUCUUGGAAGAAUGUUCGAAGCUAAAUCGGGUACCAUGAAGAGGUUGUUCUCCGGCCACACCAAUGCUAUUAUAUGCAUGGAGGUGGUUCCGGGUAAAUUAUUUACCGGUUCUUACGACGGUACCAUAAUGGUAUGGGAUACGACGGGGGUACGUGACGAAACUGUCUUUGGGGCUGACAUUUUCGAUAGAAAUCAAACAAGUGAACCGCAACUGGAAGAUGACAGCGAAGAGUUGCAAAAUGCCGUUAAGUUUCUAGAUCCGUACAUACAUGAUUAAUACUUCGAAAUGAAAUAUAUAUUAUAAAUCUAUUUUCGGGAACAACUUUCAUACGUGUAUUAAGAAAGCAAUAAGAAUCUUAAAGCUAGUUUUUAAGGAAACUAAAAACAAAUUUUAAUCGUAAUAAAAUCAUUUUGAGGAAAAAACCAGUUAAUUAUUAUACUCUAACUUCAUUAAAAGGAAGUUGGAAGUAUUGUAUAGAAUGAAUCGUGUGUAUGUUCAACAUGCUGAGUAAUGUGCACGAGAUAACAAAGUAAAUAUGGACACGGGUGGUCUUCUGCAAUACUUUUAAAAGGUCGAACUGUGUUUCUUAAUGAUGAUUACUUGAAACUAUGUGUUUAUUAACGAGGAUCUCUCCUCUCGGCGAUAAAUUUCUCAAGGCAUCAAACAACUCGAGAAGAAAAAGGAACACUGCGUCGGACAGUCGGGCAGUUUUUCUAUCACGUGAUAUAAAAAUGGAUGAUCAAAACAGUUGUUCAGACGAUGUAUCGUGAUUAGUUUUCGUUGUGAAUAAUUGAUACGAGUUUGUUUCUAAACUUACUUAUCUAAAAUGAAAACAGUUCUACAAUUUUUUUAACUUUAUUAACUAAAAUGAAAUAUUAAUGAUAUUUUUAAUUGUAUUUAUGGUAUCACUUUCCGAUAAUGGAGUUUUAAAAAAUAAUUACUUGAAGUACUAACAAAUAUGACUAAUUAUGAAAAGAAACUGCUUGUUUACAAUAAUUAAAGAUGCAAUUAUUAAAAACGUGCACAUAUUGCAGAGAACCACCUAUUAUCUCCUGCACAACUCCAUGCAAACGAAUGAGUGAUGCACCUUAAAAUAGACAACGCAUUGUAUAAGUGGGCAGUGUCAUAAAUUCCACGUUUUGAAACGUUAAAAGUUGCAACUCGAUCAUCGUACGAAACAUCAAAAAUUAAAUAACUAAUUUUUUAGACAAUUCUUAAGAGAUUUUUCUAAAAGAGUAAUCCGAAACUCGUCGUUAAUGAAGUGAAGUGGCAUUCCACAAGUGCCUAAACAGUCCGUGUUAGCAUACUGUGUGGUGAGCACUUCUAUCGCAAAUUCAAUUAACCACAAGAUUGAUGUGUAGCGCAAUAAA